AUUGAGAAUAGUGUAAAAAUUCUUCUCGAAACUGUAAAUAAAAAAUCUGAAUAUGAAAUUGUUUCUCAAUUUUUAUUUGAAACAAUACACUAUAUUUUUUCUCAAGACUAUAAAAAGACAAAGCAAACCAUGAUUGAUUUGUUUCAACCAAAUUAUGAUGAUAAGGUUGAAUGUGAAAUAGCAAUUGGUGUUGGAAAAACAACUUUCAGUAAUGUUGUAGUUAAUUAUUUAUGUAAAAAAAGUUUUACAGUUUACAAGCCUCUUGAAGCAUCUCUUAAUUUUGAAUCAGUUGAAAAGUUAAAUAAACUAACGAGUUUUGAUUACAUAAUUUUUGAUAGAACUUAUAUUGAUACUGAAGUAUUUACUAUAGCAAAUAUUAAUGAUAUUGACAUUUUAACCUAUUUGGAAGAACAAAGACAAAAAAUUUUCCAGAUUAAUAAUGUUGACAAGAUUUUUUAUAUCAAAUCCACAACCAAAAUAAUGUUUGAAUGGCAAGAAAAAAGACGACUUGAAAAUCAUAAUUUUGAGAUGGUUGAUAAAAAUUAUUUGUUAAAAAUUUAUAAUUUGUAUGAGAAGAUAAUUGACAAAUUAUAUCCUGAGAAAAUUAAAAUAUCAACUGAAUUUCAUGAAAAUGGAACUAAUCUUUUUCUUAAUAUUGAUAUUAGUGAUACAUUUUUUGAUAUCAAGCUUAUUGAUUCAUAUGAUUUCAAUUAUUAUCUCAAUUGUUUCUUGGAUUUUGAUUUAUCACCAAAAUAUUAUGAAAUCUUCGAAUCUGUACAACCAUUUGAUUCAGAAAAGGAUGGUAAUUUUAUCUAUGAAGAUGAAGAUAAAAAAAAUAAAAUAGUUAAUGAUAAAAAUCAUGUAUCUCUACCAUGUCUUUUAUUAUUAUCUUGGGAUAUUGAGUCCUCAGAUACACAAAGACCAG